UCAUUUGUUCAAUUUUCUUUAGUGCACCUGAAUUAAACACCAUUUCGGCAAAGUCAUUCUGACAGACGACAGUUUAUAUGUAAAUCGAAUCAAUUCGAAAAAUGAACCUUUUUAUCGCUUGGUUUAACAAAGAAGAUUUGUGUUAUAACUAUCGCAAUCCUCUAGACUUCUAUUUGCCUCAAUGGCAAACGAGUGAGAAACUUGACUUAUCAUUUCUUGUUUACCGCCUUUUCAAUACAGGCUAUUUUUACACCAUAUUUUAUUUCUCCGAGAGAGCUACAUGGAAUGUUCCCCAUAAUAUUAAGGUGUGUGUAUUUCUGUAUUACACUUACUGGAGCUUCUUAAUUAGCACUCUUACAUCUCUUGUGUUCCUAAUCGUCAGCGUUCUCAGGAUGUGUGAAGAACUAUCACAGGAAAACAAUGAAGAGCAAAGCGAUAAAAAAACGAAUUUGCCAAUUUGGUUUAAGUUACAAUACGCUUUAAGUGCUUUAAACUUUGACGCCACAAUUACAACGAGUUGUGGCUUUUGGACCCUGGUAUAUUUCUAUCAGAAUAAAUCGUUUCAUCUUGGCUCCUGUAUCCUACAUCUGUGGAAUACCAUCAUCCUACUAAUCGACUUCAUGAUCGUGAGAGUUCCAGUUCGCCUAUCGCAUGGCAUUUAUUCCGUACUUUUAACCAUUGUGUACUUUAUUUUUACAUUCUUUUAUUAUAUAUCUGGAGGGAAAAGCUUAACUGGGCAGCAUUAUUUGUAUAAAAUGUUGGACUACCAAAAUCCCGGACUGGUGUGUGCUGGAAUUGUAGCUGUAAUGACUUACGUUGUAUUAGCAAGAUUGCUUGCUUAUGGACUGUUUAAGUUGAGAGUUCGAAUAUUUACCAUAAUUUUUACGUGUGAAGAUGAAGGUGAAGAAAUGGUUCACUAAUGACACAAUUUAAAAAUCUCACAAGUACCGAAAGGUGGGAACAGAAAAAUGACCUGUAACUAACUAAACAUCGGCUUAAAACACCCAAGAAUGGAAGAACGUGUAUCUUUCAGGAGUCAAAAUAUGUCUGUUUUUUGAAGAUCUACAUUGUUAUUUAUAAAUUGGACCAAAUUGGACAAAUAAAUGACAGUUCCACAGAAGGUAUACGAAAACACAUAUCGCCAUUCAAAUGGGCAACUGUACUAAAUAAUUGAUAAUGGUUCUUGUAUUGCAAUAAAUCUUACAGUUCCAGA